UCAAGUUAACAUAAAAAGGUGGUUCAAAGUCGUCCUCAGCAUGAAGCAUCUUCACUGCAAAGAUGCGGUUUACUCUCUUCCUCCUCUGUGGGAUCGGUGGACUGAUAGCUGGAACUUGGGCUUUGCCUGUAGAAAAGGAAAAAAAAGAUUGUUGUCCUCCGGGAUGGACUCAGGUGGAAGGCCACUGUUACAUCGUGCAAGAUGAUCCCAGGAUUUUUUCUGAUGCAGAGAGAGUAUGCAACACUCUUGGUGGGAAUCUGGCCUCAAUCACCGAUGCGGUUAAAAAUGCCGUUGUGACUCAACUGGUUCGGAAUAACGGUUUUCGGCCCGCCUGGAUUGGACUCACUGAUGCAGUCAGGGAGCGAGUCUAUGCUUGGACCGACGGCAGCCCCUUUGAUUUCCAGAACCUUCUCUCAUCUUCCUUUUUUGGAGACUGUGUGUACAUCUUUUCAUCUGGUCGAUGGUUCUCUUCAAGUUGCUUCUCCAGGUUCCCCUUUGUUUGCGGCCAAGAAGCGUGCUGUGAUCGUGAUCACUAAUCAGUCCAUCACAUCUUCAGAACACCACCUCUUAACUUUUUCAACCCUGGUGCCCAACUUUAUGGUUAUGGUUAAUGUUUACUUCAAACAUGCGUACAGUUAAAAUGUGUACAAUGUUUACUUUAACGGUUCAAGGUACCGUUUAGUUCAGUAGCCACCAAGAAAUAAAAAAUAUAUCCAAAUCAA